UGAGGUAUGGGUCACUGAUGAAUUAAUAAUAGCCAUCAAAGAAAGAGACAAGAAGUGUGGAAUAAUCUUCCAGACCAAGUGACCUGUAAUGGAAGUCUGCUUUCGUUUAAGACUUCCAUCUCUAAUGUAUUUGGCAAAUUCGAAUGGAGAUCACUUUUUAAUUUUUGUUUUUAAUUCUUUUUCUUUUUAAUUUCACAGAUUAAAAAAUAUGUUACUAUGUUUGAUUAUGUGUGGGCAGUCUAAGGUUUAUCAUUUUUUGUUUUGUUUUUGUUCUACUGGCCCCCAGUGGAAACAAUCUACUAACUAAAGGUUUUUGUGAUUUUCUGGCCUAGCCACUUUAAAUAUUUAUUAUUAUUGUUAUUAUUAUUAUUGACAACAGCCUGUUUUAAUGUCAAUAAAUUGUGUGAUUGUUGUCAUAGGCUAUAAUUAUAUUGAAGAAAGGUGUUUUAUGAGUUUAAUUGUAAUGUUUGGAACUUUUCAAAAGAUAGAACCAUGCUUAACAAUGCUAGAAUCGCCAGAGCCUCGUAGUGGUCAUCGCAUGUGUGCCACUGAUAAUUUCUUAUAUGUAUUUGGAGGAUAUGAUGCAGCUAAAAGUAACAUAUUGUACAAUGAAUUGUGGAGAUACAACAUGACAACCAAACGUUGGGUUAAACUACCUGAUAACAAUAGAUCUGCUCCAAUAGAGUGCACAUCUAAUUCAAUGCUGUUAUGGAGGAACAAUAUAAUUAUAUAUGGUGGAUCUGGAUACCCUUUUGGUGUGACUAAUAGCAGCAAACUACUUAUGUAUUCUUUAAAGUACUACAAAUGGAUUGAAUUGGUGGAUAAAAUUCAUGAGACACGCACAAAAUGCAAAGAGUGUGGAUGUAGCACCACCUUGCAUGAAUCACCUACGGCCAAAUACGGGCAAAGCAUGAUCAUAACACAAGACUCAAAGCUUGUUAUAUAUGCAGGUACAACCGGAACAGCAUUUGUACAGGAGUUACAUACUUAUCAUUUAUACAAACAAAGGUGGAAAUCUUACAAAUUCUGUGAGCAACAUUCUUUAGCUCAACCAAAAAGUCGUUAUCGACACGAGGGAAUUUUAUACAAAAAUGAUUAUUUUAUUCUUGGUGGUUGUGUAUUAGAAGAAACUUUUGGUUUUGAGAAAAUUCACUCAUUGGACAUCAGUAGAAUGCUAUGGGAAAAACAUUGUUGUUCUUCUGAUGUGUAUUCUGGCGAUAACAAGCUUCCGCAACCACGCAGACAUCACUCUUGUACAUUGUAUAAACACAAUAUUUAUAUGAUUGGUGGAAGUGUAUACGACAACAACUUUUUGGAUGUAUGGUUAUUGAAUUUAGACACUAUGAAGUGGAAAAAAGAUUUCAGGUGUUUUCCAUAUGCAGUUCGUUUUCAUGCUGCAGCAGUAACUAGUGCUGGGUGCCUCUAUGUUUUUGGAGGAGUUGAUUCAAAGCAGCAACGCGUAUCUGAUCUUCACGUGCUAUGGCUUGAACCACCUUCGCUACUGGAGCAAUCUUGGAUGGCUGUUGUUAAAUUGUUACAACAAAACAGAGCUCUGAAUACGAAAGUAUUGAUGGAAUUGGGUGUGCCCAAAACUUUUCUUUUGCGGAUCGAUGACUCCAUUCCUCCUGCUGGAUAAAGUAUAAAUAAAAAGAGAGAAAACAAGAAGCGACGCAGAUUACAUAUAUAUAUUUAUAUGUUUUUAAGGAUAUUUUGUUUAACCUAACAACACAGUUUCUUGUAAUUAUAACAUUUUGGGGGGGUAUUGUUACUCAAUUACUCAAAGAGAAUGUAAAAACACCUAUACCAAAGAAA